UCCGUAAAGCACGUGAUGCCCCUUUAGCCCACCUGAACUUUUCAAUAUUACUCCCAUCUUUUUGUUCUCAAACUGCUCAUGUCUACUAUAUAUAUGUAUGCCAAGUUAAUUGGAAGUAAAGGAAAAUAGUUGGAAGAGAUACAUACAACAUGUUUCCAAUCAUAAUUCUGAUCAGCUUUUCAUUUACUUUCCUCUUUGCUAGUGUUACUAGUGGAGCAGGAGGAGUUACAAAUCUUUCCACCUGUUUAAUCAACCACAAUGUCCAUAACUUCUCUAUUUACCCCACAAAGAAUGAUCAAAGUAGUAGUAAUUACUUUAACUUGCUCGAUUUUUCCCUUCAGAAUCUUCGAUUUGCUGCAUCUUACAUGCCGAAACCAACGGUCAUUAUCCUACCAAACAGCAAAGAGGAGCUCGUGAGUACCAUUCUUUGUUGCAGACAAACAUCUUAUGAAAUCAGAGUAAGGUGCGGAGGACACAGUUACGAGGGAACUUCUUACGUUUCCUUUGACGGUUCCCCUUUCGUGAUCGUUGACUUGAUGAAAUUAGACGACGUUUCAGUAGAUUUGGAUUCCGAAACAGCUUGGGCUCAGGGCGGCGCAACAAUUGGCCAAAUUUAUUACGCCAUUUCCAGGGUUAGUGACGUUCAUGCAUUUUCAGCAGGUUCGGGACCAACAGUAGGAUCUGGAGGUCAUAUUUCAGGUGGCGGCUUUGGACUAAUGUCCAGAAAAUUCGGACUCGCUGCUGAUAGUGUCGUUGAUGCUCUUCUAAUUGAUGCUGAAGGACGGUUAUUAGACCGGAAAGCCAUGGGAGAAGACGUAUUUUGGGCAAUCAGAGGUGGCGGCGGUGGAAAUUGGGGAAUUAUUUAUGCCUGGAAAAUUCGAUUACUCAAAGUGCCUAAAAUCGUAACAACUUGUAUGAUCUAUAGGCCUGGAUCCAAACAAUACGUGGCUCAACUACUUCAGAAAUGGCAAAUAGUUACUCCAAAUUUGGCCGAUGAUUUUACUCUAGGAGUACUCAUGAGACCUAUAGAUCUGCGGGCGGAUAUGAAUUACGGAAAUACUACUCCUAUUGAAACAUUUCCCCAAUUCAAUGCACUUUAUUUGGGUCCAAAAACUGAAGCGGUUUCCAUAUUAAAUGAGGCAUUUCCAGAGCUGGACGCUAAGAAUGAUGACGCCAAAGAAAUGACUUGGAUUGAGUCAGCACUUUUCUUUUCCGAAUUAGAUAACGUAUUCGGGAACUCCUCUGACGAUAUCUCCCGUUUGAAAGAACGCUACAUGGACGCAAAAACUUUCUUCAAAGGCAAAUCAGAUUUUGUGAAGACUCCAUUUUCAAUGGACGCGAUGAUGACAGCUCUUGUUGAACUCGAGAAAAACCCCAAGUCAUUCCUUGUCUUCGAUCCUUAUGGCGGAGUCAUGGACAAGAUUAGUGAUCAAGCUAUUGCUUUCCCUCAUCGAAAGGGUAACCUUUUCGCGGUUCAAUAUUAUGCAUUUUGGAACGAAGAGGACGAUGCCAAGAGCAACGAGUACAUAGAGUGGACAAGGGGAUUUUACAAUAAAAUGGCGCCUUUUGUUUCAAGCUCGCCAAGGGGAGCUUAUAUCAACUACUUGGAUAUGGAUCUUGGAGUGAAUAUGGACGACGACUACUUACUGCGAAAUGCUAGUAGUCGUAGUUCUUCUUCCUCUGUUGAUGCUGUGGAGAGAGCUAGAGCGUGGGGUGAAAUGUAUUUCUUGCAUAACUAUGAUAGGUUGGUUAAAGCUAAGACACAAAUUGAUCCACUAAAUGUUUUUCGACAUGAACAGAGUAUACCUCCUAUGCUUGGUUCAACGCAAGAGCACAGUAGUGAAUGAGAUUUCAAUUGUACUACUACCAGGGGCAGAUGCACAAGGUGGGGGCGGUGUCAUCUGACGUCGCUUCGCCGGGAAAAAUAAUAAAUAUUUAUACUAAUAUUCUGUAAAAAUGAAGCAAUAUAUAAUAAUGGCACCGCUUAUUCCUAGAAAAUAGUACUUCUUGGUCCACUGGUCAAACUCAUAUUUGGGCUUAUAAAGGCCGUAGGCUCAAGGCUCGACCUAGACAUUGUAUUUCUUGAACAUAUUUAAGCGAGCAAUUUUUGUUAAAACCUUUGAGGCUAAAGAGAAUUGAACCUACACUUCCCUUGGCAAUAAUAGAAAUGAAGAUGUUAAGUUGGAUGUGGGAGCAUACCAGGAAAGACAAGAUCAAGAAUGAAGUUAUUAGGGACCAGGUGAGUGUCGCUCUUGUGGAACAAGUUGCGAGAAUUGAGGCUGAUAUGGUUCGGACAUGUAAAGAGAAGAUGCUCCGAUGUCCCGGUCACGAGGUGUGAGAGGUUGACCGUGACGGGUCAGAGGAGGGGUAGAGGGAGGCCUAAAAAAUAUAAGGGAGGAGUGAUUUGGAAGGAUAUGACACUACCUCAGCUUACCGAGGACAUGACCCUCGACAUAAAAGUGUGAAUGUCUAGAAUUAAGGUUGUGGGUUGACAUUUAGUUGAUGGUAGGUUAGAAACUCGUGUUUUAGCUGCAUUUUACACUCUAAUUACUGCAUUUUACUUGUGUUUGAGCUUAAACGAUGGUGAUUUGCAUUUAUUACGUGUUUUAUGCCUCGAAGGAAUUGAUUUUGAGUUAAAAAGUUAAUUUGGAGCUGAAUCAAACAAAUUAGAGCUUUGAAGUCUGAGUAAAAGCCCAAGGAAUUAAACUGGAAUCGCGUUCGGGGGUCGAUGACCAAGUAUGGAUAACAAAAAAUUAAUAAAAAGGAACACUCUAAGAAAAAAGCACUAUCGCUCCGCAUGGGGCGCGGCGAGGCGCGACAUUCAAUUGGGAAAAGCUUGUCAGAAUCUGUUCUCUGAAGAUGCCCACUAACGCGGCGCGUGGCAUGCCGCGAGGCGCUCCGCACCCGUGUAUUUUCCUUAGAGUAAUUUUUCAAUUCGACUAGGAAAGGGUAGUUCCGUCUGGACCCGCUUCUACAUGGUAUAAAUACACCAAAACAUGAUUUGAGGUGACUUUUGACCUACGAAAGAUUUGAGAAGCAACUAAGGCAAGAUGACACAAGAAUUCAUCAAGAUUUCAACCUAUAAUCGGUGCAAUACGGGAGUUUGUAUCGAAUUAUUAGCAUUGAUGUUUUCAAUGUCUUUAAACCUUCUUGAGAUGAAUUUUUCCAUUGACAUGGAGUAGUUUUUCUUUGGGUGUUAACAGACAUGGUGUAUUAAUAAUUCGAUUAGGGAUUCGAUUCUAAACAAUUGGUUGACUUAAUUGAUGGAGUUUGAAUUAUAUUGUGAAGUUGUUCAGUAUUUGGCUUAAUCGAAAGAGGAGUUUUAUAUCGAAUUUCUUUACUUCUUAUGCUCUAGUUUAAAUUUGUGAUUCAACUAGGUAAUCGAAAGAGCCUCUUGAAUUAUUAAUUGAACCAAAAAAUAGGGUAAUAUUCGUGAGAAGUUACUCUUUGAACAGAAAGCAUCAUUAUGUUCAUUACAAUUAUUCAUCGUGCUUCAAUUGGAUUAUUUCUAGAAAUUAAAGUUUAAUCGAAAGAGGAACCUUAACAUCGAGUGUAAUUUAAUUAUCUGGUGAAUUCGUGAGAAUCGACAGUAUUAUAGAGUGAACUAAUUUAAGAAUUGGACCCCGAAUCAAUUAUCUUGCACCUGUCUAGUCAUUUAUCUAUUUCUCUCACUUAUAUUUUGUGUUGCUCAACUUUUGUCCUCUGUGAUCAAUUGAUAAUUGCUUAAAUUUUAGUAGCUAAUUAUAGUUGAUAAUCAUUCAAAUCAAGUGUUAAUUUUUCUGGAUAGUAUUUAACUAAAGAUUAUUCAAACACUGUUUGAAUUCAAUCUUUGUGGAGAUAAUAAUUUAUUAUACUAUCUUUGAUUAGCGAGUAUUAAUUAUGUGUUGUGUUUUGCCCUCGUCAAACUAUGUGUCAAGAAUUUCUCCUUGUCCUAUUAGUAGUAUUAGCACAAGUCUUGUAUUUUUCUAUUCCUAGUUCCUUAUUACUACACGGUGCGUCACUAUUACCAAUAGUUGAUACUAGUCUUGUAUUCUCGUAUUCCUCGAUUUUGGUUAUUACAUGUUUCGCCAUUUGCUGCCACUGCCUUUUACCUUGUUGUUGCUAUUGUCACGCCUCCUUUUUUCCGAGGAUUGUGAAAAGAAAAGAGUUUUUUCAAUU